AUGGCAGGCAUUAAAGAAAUCAAAUCAUGUGAAAUCGCUCUUACAUCACCGAGUCUUUAUAUUCCAACAGCUGCAAACGCAUCUUUAACCAUUAAAGGAGACAUCAACCUUUUUCUUACAUCUGCAUUGAAAGUUACCCAAGUAGUUGUCAAACUUCACGGAUUUUCGCAAAUUGAUAAUUCCCAGAAGGCUGCCACUCGAAAUUUGACUACAAAAGAUUUAAUUAAACAAAAAGUUACAGUAGUUAAUAUUACCAAAACUUUAAAUGCCGGUGAAAAUUCGCUUCCUUUUGCGAUCACCAUUAAGGCUCCCAAAUAUCUUCCCGGCAGUAUAGAAGGGAAGCAUGCUGCCGUGCGUUACGUCUUAACGGCGGAAUUAACAAAGGCGAAUCCUCAUGCAAUUUAUAAAGUGACUAAAGACGUUAUUUUACGAAAGAAAAUACAAGAAGGAAAAAUAGAUGUCAACGAGAAAGCGUUGUACGAAGAUGAACGUGAAGGACUGCUGAAAUACAAAGUGUAUGUGUCCAAGUAUUUGGCUGUUGAAGAUGAUGAAUGUGUGGAUAGUACUCCAUCAACAGAACCUCGUGGGGUGGUGAAGGUCGAGGCAUUUUUUGAAUCAUUAGACAAGACAGGUGUGAAAGAAGUUAAAGUGGAGGCAUUUGAGUAUGAGAUGUAUAAUUUUGCGAAAUUCAAUUCCAUCACCGGUGCUCCACCAGUAUCUAGCAGUACCACAAAAACGACUCCUGUAAAAAAACCAUCAGUAUCUACUUCUCGUGCUGGUGCAAAAAUUCCUGCGUUCUCUAACGUUUCAAUAACAAACCCUCACCAAACAAAUCCUCUUCUUUCUCCUCCCCUCACUAUUGCAGCAACACCCGGCUCAUCUGAGUCUGUUUCGUUUGAAAUUCCUAUUC